ACUCCCCGCGCGGCCGGACGCGCUCGCUUCCUCUCCCCCAUCGCGCGCGCCAGAGUAGGCCCGCCGCCGAACGCCCUCGCUUCCUCUCCCACAUCGUGCCCGCCAUCGCUUCCUCUCCCCCGUCGCGCGCGCCAGCGCACGCGCAGGUGCCACCCUCCCACUCCCUUUCCCUCGCCUGGCGCCAGCCUCUCCCUCUCCCCACGGUCAUCGCUUCCUCUCCCUUCGGUUUCCCCAAUUUAUUCCGAGCAAUCAUUAUAAGAGGGAAGUCGAGCAUUUGUCGAGCGAUAUGUAACCAUUAUAUUGUGCGAUAAAUCAUCCGUGGUUUUCAGCUUCCCUGGCCAUCGCUUGAAUCCUCGGCCAUCUCCAUACUUUCUUUUUUAUCUGGUUGGGCGCUCAAGAGAAUUGCCGAUCUGAGGAGUCUGGGAUGGAUUAAACACCCGCACUCAAGGGAUUCAUUUUGCAAAUGAAGUUCAGGGUCUAUUCGUCGUGGCUGCAAGCCUGCGGCUCUCCUGAAGGUCAGAUAAAAUGUGAGGCUAGCAGAGUUCACCCAAAAAAAUGACGUGCAUGGUUAUUCUGUUGCUACGUAACUCCAAUCCUAUGCGUCAUGGUUUGUUGCUCCUAAUUCUACACUAGGAAAAUCACUUUUAUAGCUUCUAUAAAAAAGUUGUGAGUGAGAAGAAAUUGUUCUACCUGUGAUCAAAUUUUAUCAGCAAAUAAAGGAAGCUAUAGCUAUUUUAAUCGGUUGAGGAUUGGGCAUGGUUUAUAUUGCUCUCCAUUCCAUUAAUGGGACCAUGCUCAAAAAGUAGUACUCAGGACAAUAUGGAUUUCAACAAAGAUGAGUACUGCAAAAAUCAAAGGAGGGAGUUGUAGUCAUCUUUAAUUCAUUGGUCUUUUGUUUUUACUUGAACGACUAGAGGGGAGGCCCCUGCAGCAUCGUUGUUGGUUUGUUUUAAUAGAGGAAUGAAUAUUGAUUCAUCUUCUAAGUUUGUUAUCAGUUAUGUGCUUAAGAAGAGUUUCCCAAUUGAGAGCACUAUGUCAACCCCUAUGCUGACAAAUGAAGAGGUUAGUACAUACUGGACUACUAUUUUAUAUCACUUAAAUAUUUUUCAAUCUAACUAACAAACUAAUCCAAAACCUUCCAAGAACAAAGUUCUACUCCAUCUUUCACCGCCUAUGACAUGUACAAGUAUCCUCAGGUUUGUUGUUCUCUCAUAUUUUCUAUUCAUAUCUCCAUCUAAGACUACAUACUAUCUCAGGUUUGUUGUUCUCUCAUAUUUUCUAUUCAUAUCUCCAUCUAAGACUACAUACUAUCUGCUAAUGUCAAAUCAAUUUCAGCGCAACUGUUGACAAAACAGGAACAUCCAAAGACGGUACAGCUGGUAACAUAUCAACUGAAAAAAGGUGAAAGAUAUUUCACUUCCAUGCUUAAUCAAAUACAUGAAUAUAAUCCUAAAAUAUAUUUACAGCAGCUGAACUACAAAGAAAAGCAUCGAUUUUAGUGAAGAUUCCACUGAGGAAACUAGAAAGUAUACUGUAUUUUAUAACACCAUGUAUAUACUGCGUAUACCAUUUCUCAUCAUUUUAAUAUUUUGUGACAAACAAAUAUCCGCUCAAACCCUCCCUUACUGUACUUCUUUCCCUUUUCAGUAACAAAGAACUUUGAUUAACCCCAUCCUCAAAAGUCAGAAGGAAGAGUAUGUACUACGUUGAACAUCCCCCAGAAUAACAAAAUUUAACUAAAAUACUAAUUGCAAUAUGUUAUGAACCAUUUCAUAAAGCAUAGUCCUCCAGUCAGCAGUGCCGAAUGACCUGGCUCACAAAAAGGGUAAUUCUUCUUCACAAAACCAAUGUCUAAUUAACUACAUUACCAUGCAAGCAAAUCCAAUUGUUUAAUACUAAUACUAAUUCAUCUUCGAACCAAAUUUUACCGGUCAACCCAUCCUCCUCGAGCUAAAGACCACAUAUGAUUUGAUAUAAUAACAUCCUUUGAUUGUUCCAAGUUAUUUGUUAUUUUGUCAAACAUGUUCUGUUAUCAUCAUUGUCAUGCCUCUACUUUUCGAAACUAACAUGUAAGACAUCACGUACCAAAAAUGUCAUUAAAAAACCGGUUUGCAUGUUCAAUAAAAAAUGGAUUUACACAGAAAUGCUACUUAACUUUGAAAUAUUUCUACUUGCAUACAAACUAUUAUUCUUACGGUAGUUCUAAAAGUUUCCGCAGCAACGCGCGGGGUAUCAUCCAGUAACAGUUUGUUUGUUCACCCAAAAGCCCCAUGUCCCAAGUUGGAUCCGUCCCUGUCGACGAUACGAGUGCUGAUGCUGCAGCGGCGCCGGAGGAGGAGAAGAAGAAGAAGAAGAUGGCCGGAGCCAUAUUCGAUACGCAGCUCAUCAUUCGCGAGCCGGUGACGGGCACGGGGGCCGCCAGCCACCGCACGACCACCACCGGGUUCCCCUUCUCGGUGUCGCUGAGCCUCGCCGCGCCGCCGGCGAUCUCCCACGUCCACCUGCACCCGAUGGCGGCGCCCCACACCCUCAAGCACGGCCUCUCCUCGCUCCUCGCCGCGGACGCCCACCACCUCCUCCUCUGCGUCGUCGUCCCCGUCAAGACCAGGUACUACAGCUACGACCACCCGGAGGAGUUCUUCGUCUACACCGCCGCCUCUGCCCUCACCCCUACGCUGACGCGCCUCCCUGCUUUCCCCGACGGCCGCCAGCGCUCGUCCGGGGACAUCGGCAUCUUGACCCAUGGUGGUGGUGGCUUCACCGUUUCAUCUUUGCAGAUGUGGAUGGUGGGGGAAGGAACAAUCACCGUUAAGGAGCUAGAGGAAGGAACCGCAAUCAUUGAGGAGUUUGCCAAGCUCACCUUACUCCAUUGUUCAGGCGGCGACAGGGAUAACAACAACAGCAGCAGCAACAGCUGGGUUGUCAAGAAGCUAGCUCUGCCUCCUUUUGACUCAGAUUAUGGGGGGCAUUCUGGACUGAUAAGCAAGUGGAGCAGCCAAAUCGCCUUCUCCCACGGCGGCAAGGUCUAUUGGGCUAGCUACAACAUUGGCCUUAUCUUCUGUGAUGUCUUGGAAUCUCUGCCCAAGCUCCAAUUGAUCAAGUUCCCUUUUCCUGAGAGCGAAAUUCAACUCUUGUUCCAUGUUAAGACUGACAAUUGUGGACCAACUGCGUCCUUCAGGACAGUCGGUGUCUCUGAUGGGAAGAUCAAGUUCGUAGAUGUUGACAAGUGCCGCUCCCGGCCCUCUGCCAUCGUUAUCAGGGCGUGGACACUGCAAAUGCCACAGAUGGUAUGGAAGUUGGAUGAUGUGCUCGAUGUCAACGGCCUGUGGGGGUCAGCAUCCUUCAAGAAAUACGGUUUGCAUCAGUGGGUACCAGAGUAUCCUGUGGUGAGCUUACUAGACCCACACAUUGUGCACUUUGUGCUGCGCCAACCUAUAUACCAUGAGCAGGUCUGGAUGAUCACAGUUGACAUGAGGGCCAAGUCAGUUGUGUCGUGCAAGAACUAUCCAAACGGUGAGAAGGGGUAUGAAUACAAGGGGCUGUUGUUCAACCCAUAUUACAUCUCUAGUGAGCUCUCAAAGUAAUUACAGUCAGGUUAGGAUGACAGCAAGUGUGGCAGUAAAUAGGACUGAAGACAUCGAAUCCAAUUUCAUGUUUCCUGACUGUCCACUAUCAAGAUGAUCAUGUGGGCUUUGGUGCUGUGAGAUUUUUAGAUAUGCCUUUGCUGCCACAGUUUGAACUGUAUUAUUGGAUGGAGCAUUCCAAGAUUUGUUGUUUGUGCUUUCUAUUUCGAUUGUCUUCAUAGAAGUUUAGGCCCUUCUAGUAAGGUUAUUAUAUAUUUUACUUUUACUGUUUUUAAGCAGUUGGCUUUAAGACACAUGUCCCAGGGUGAAAUCCUAACUUCAGUCCACACAAUGGGAAAAAAGAUACUAAAAUCUAGCUUUGA